AUGGCCGACACCACCAGCAAGAUGAAGAAGCCCAAAGAUCCCGGAACUGAAGAACACAAAGACAACAGCCCACUCAGCGACCCUGCCACAUCCGCCACAUCCACAAAAACCUUUCAUGCCACGCCUGACCCCCGAGAAUCCCUCCACCUCCCCCUUUUUCUCGUCCUCCCCAUCAUCUACACUCUUCUCCACCUACUCAUCAUGCCCUCGCCGCGGCCCCUCCUCUCACGCACCUUCCUCCUUCCCCUCUUCACCAUCAUCAUCGCCAGCAGCCUUGCCGACGUACACUGGACGCACAAGCUGUGCAUCUUGGCCGUGAACAAGCGAAUCGGGGAGGCCCUCAACCGGCGCGCGGCAGUGUAUGAGGAAACUUCUGAGUUUACGAAACGGGCUGUGGAGAAGCUGGAUGAGGUGAAGACAGCGUAUACGAGGGAUUGGAUAAAGUUGUGCAGGUACCAGAGUAGUGCUGAGUUGGCUGUGUUGAGGUGUACUACGACGAGUUUGGAAGACAUGGUGAGGCUGCUGAGGGUGUUGGGUGACAAGGAGGGUGGUGGGAGUGGUGGGAAAGGCAGUGGAGAUGGAUGUGGCAAGCAUAGGAAUCGUACCGGUGGCGGUGUCAAGAAGAGCAAAGGUGAUACUGGAACUGCGAUGGCAUUGUCGAACGCAGACCAGAUUGCGGCAACGGAGGAGCGCAUCAAGGAGUUGAAGAAGGAUAUCGUCAUUGCAGAAAAGGUGGAAGCGCUGUAUGAGAGAGAGGAUCUUGAGAUCGAAGAGAUAAGGCUGCUUGUGGAGAAGGAGGAGGAGAAGAUACGGACCGUUGACAAGGAGGAUAAGAAACUAAAGGUACAGCUUCCGACCUUGGAUAUGCGGACCCAUACGACUGUUGAGAAGCUUAUGCGGUCAAAGGGAGUGCAAGAGGCGCUGGAUAAACAGUAUGAAGAGUUGGAUACGUUCUUGCAGGGUUUUGCGAAUACAUCAGGGUUUAUAGGAGAGGAAGAAGACAUGUAUGACGGCUUAAGCUUUGAGGAGCUGAACAAUGUGUAG